UUGCACGAGGCCCAGCUACCCGUCCAGUCUCCUCCUCUGCUCCGGCCGGCUCGAACCGUAUAUUAUCUCUCCCCUGCAUCUCCGCGAAUCUGACCGAGGCUUGGUGGUCAGACAGGGAGAGACCCAUGGAGACCAAGGCCAAGGACGCAUGGGGCCUGGCGCUGGUUCUCUUCCUCGGCCAGCUCGUGGCCUUCUCCAUGGCCGCCGCCAGCUUCGCCUCCUCCUUCCUCGCCAAUCUCGGAGUUAACACACCUCUCACACAAUCCUUCUUCGCCUACCUCCUGUUGACUCUGAUUUAUGUGCCGAUCCUCUUGCACCGACGGCAGAAGCCACGGGUGAGCAUGAAACUUACCUUGUGUGGUUUUAGUUUCACACGCCUCCUCACUCUCUACGCCACUCCUGUCUUGCAGAUACCUUGGUACUGGUACUUGGCGCUGGCCUUCGUCGAUGUCCAGGGGAACUAUCUGGUUGUCAAGGCAUACCAGUACUCGUCCAUCACCAGCGUAACGUUGUUGGACUGCUGGACCGUUGUAUGGGUCAUCAUACUCACCUGGUACGCACUGGGCACAAGAUACUCCUUCUGGCAAUUUGUGGGGGCGGGGACCUGCGUGGCAGGGCUAGGCCUUGUGCUCCUUUCAGAUGCAAAAUCUACAGAUGAGCAAGAUGGGGGUCAAAUGCCACUUCUAGGGGAUGCCCUUGUUAUUGCCGGGACAGUUUGUUUUGCAUUUAGCAAUGUUGGAGAGGAAUACUGUGUCAAGAAGAACGAUCGGGUAGAGCUUAUCGCGAUGCUUGGACUAUUUGGCCUGUUUGUCAGUGCAAUUCAGAUAUUCAUAUUCGAAAGGAAGAGCCUAGAAGCAGUUGCCUGGUCUCCAACAAUGAUAAGUUUGUUCGCGGGAUUUGCCGUUGCAUUACUAGUGUUCUACACCAUUACUCCUUUUGUCCUCAAGAUGAGUGGAUCAACAUUGUUUAAUCUCUCACUCUUAACAUCUGACAUGUGGGCAGUCGCCAUUCGACUACUGUUCUAUCAACAACAGAUAAACUGGCUGUACUACGUAGCAUUCACAGUUGUGGCCAUUGGAUUAAUCGUCUACUCACUGAAUGAGAGUUCUUCAGCCGAUGGAAGAGCUACAGGUACAGAAGUUGCACCUCACUAUCAACAACUUCCAAGCGAGGAUGGCUCAACAAGUGGUUCUAAUUUGGACAGCCAAAAAAAGAAGCAACUGGAAGGAGCUCAUGGUAUCUGUUAGGGGGUCAACGUACAAAGUCAGCUCCAUGGUUUCGGAUAUGGCCAAAAUCAAAUACAGCAGCAGAAAAUGUGCAGAGAAUAAAAUCAUGUAUAUGCAGAAACAUUAUUUUUCAAGCGAAAGAAUAUUUUGUGUUAGGAUGGUUAAAAGAAUAUUUUUUGUAACAUGCAGUCCAGUACAUACUUGGUAACAAAGGAAUGAAAAAGAAAUUCAUCAUCA